GUGACAGACGGCUGCUGAGUUCAACUGCACUCCUGAAAACUCUUCAGGCCUGGGGGAGAAAUGGCUUCCAGCCUGGGGGAGGAUCUGACCUGUCCUGUGUGUAUCGACAUCUUCAAGGAUCCCGUUCUCCUCUCCUGUAGCCACAGUGUGUGUAAGGCCUGUCUGGAGACGUUCUGGGAGACUAAAGAAAACAGAGAAUGUCCAGUCUGCAGGAGGAGAUCCUCAAAUGAUAUUUUUCGCCCAAACCUGGCUUUAAGAAAUCUGUGUCUAAAAUUCUUAGAGGAGAUAGGACAGACCCAAGGGCUCUGUAAUUUGCACAAGAAACAACUAGAGCUAUUCUGUCAGGAUGAUAAAGAGCUUGUGUGCCAGUUGUGUCGAGAGUCUAAACUACACAAAGAUCACACAUUCAGUGCCAUUGGAGAAGCAGCAGUAGAGCUGAAGGAGGAGCUGAUGGUCAAACUGCAGGGGCAGAUGAAGGACUAUGAGAAGGCCAGAGAUGACUGCCAUAAAACAGCUGACCAUAAGACUCAGUCCAAACACACAGAAAGACAGAUACAGAAGGUGUUCUUCGAGCUUCACCAGUUUCUCUGAGAUGAAGAGGCAACCAGGAUUGCUGCACUGAGAGAGGAAGAGGAGCAGAAGAGUCAGAUGAUGAAGGAGAAGAUUGAGAAGAUGAGCAGAGAGAUCACAUCUCUUUCAGACACAAUCAGAGCAAUUAAAGACGAGAUGAAGGCUGACAA